UCCGAAGACUCUGAGCUGUUGCCUUAGACCCCGUUCCGUGCCACACCUGGGGCUCCGGCUUUUCUCCCCGACGCAUGCUCUCCACAGCUAGGGCAGCAGAGACCCCCGCAGAGCCGGAAGAGGCGGAGCGCUGGACGGCGGCGGGAAAAGAGCGCGCAGAAGGGCUUCUGCCACUGCGCCACCUCGCCUGGCCCCGUCCCACCGCUAGCCGCGCCACUUUUGCCUCCGCCCUGCCGCCUGAAGCGCCAUGCCCGUCGCCGGCUCCGAGCUGCCACGCCAGCCCUCGCAGCCCGCCGCCCAGGAGCUGGACGCCCAGCCGCGGCCGCCUCACGGGGAGCUGCAGUACCUGGGGCAGAUCGAGCACAUCCUUCGCUGCGGCGUCAGGAAGGAUGACCGCACCGGCACCGGGACCCUGUCGGUGUUUGGCAUGCAGGCGCGCUACAGCCUGAGAGAUGAAUUUCCUCUGCUGACAACCAAACGUGUGUUCUGGAAGGGUGUUUUGGAGGAGUUGCUGUGGUUUAUCAAGGGAUCCACAAAUGCUAAAGAGCUGUCUUCCAAGGGAGUGAAAAUCUGGGAUGCCAAUGGAUCCCGAGACUUUCUGGAUAGCUUGGGAUUUUCCGCCAGAGAAGAAGGGGAUUUGGGCCCAGUUUAUGGCUUCCAGUGGAGGCAUUUUGGGGCAGAAUACAGAGAUAUGGAUUCAGAUUAUUCAGGACAAGGAGUUGACCAACUGCAAAGAGUGAUUGACACCAUCAAAACCAACCCUGAUGACAGAAGAAUCAUCAUGUGCGCUUGGAAUCCAAGAGAUCUUCCUCUGAUGGCGCUGCCUCCAUGCCAUGCCCUCUGCCAGUUCUAUGUGGUGAACGGUGAGCUGUCCUGCCAGCUGUACCAGAGAUCGGGAGACAUGGGCCUAGGUGUGCCUUUCAACAUCGCCAGCUACGCCCUGCUCACAUACAUGAUCGCGCACAUCACGGGCCUGAAGCCAGGUGACUUUGUACAUACUUUGGGAGAUGCACAUAUUUACCUGAAUCACAUCGAGCCACUGAAAAUUCAGCUUCAGCGAGAACCCAGACCUUUUCCAAAGCUCAAGAUUCUUCGAAAAGUUGAGAAAAUUGAUGACUUCAAAGCUGAAGACUUUAAGGUUGAAGGGUACAAUCCGCAUCCAACUAUUAAAAUGGAAAUGGCUGUUUAGGAUGCUUUCAAAGGAGCGUGAAGGAUAUUAUCAGUCUUUAGGGGCUGGGCUGGAUGCCAAGGUAAAAGUUCUUUUUGCUCUAAAAGAAAAAGGAACUAGGUCAAAAAUCUGUCUGUGACCUAUUAGUUAUUAGUGUUUAAGGAUGUUGCCACUGGCAAAUGUAAGUGUGCCAGUUCUUUCCAUAAUAAAAAACUUUGAGUUAACUCCCUGAGGGUAUCUGAAAAUGCUGAGAUUAUGAACAAAGUGAGGAGAAUGAAAUGUAUAUGCUUUUAGCAAAAAAUAUGUAGGUACAUUUCAAUCCCAUGUCUUUAUAAAGAAGGUUGGUGAAUUUUGAGAAUUUCACAAGCUUUUCUCUCAAAUCUAAGGGUGCUGAGUAACACCAUCAAUCAUAAUGUAGACUGGUUAUCGUACAUUUAAUGUUAUAAUUGUUUUAUAAGUUGCUAUAAUAAAGAAGUAUUCUGCAUUUGUC